AUGCUAUCGUUAUUCCUUCUGACUUUUAAGGGUUCCUAUAAAUUAUCAACGAAGAAUCAUUUAGCUAUUCCAUUAAUAACUGCAGGUCUUAAUGCUGGUGCAACAUUCAACGUUACAGUUACUUCUUCUUCGAUUGAUCGAUUAAUGGUUGGACUUCUUACUGAAGCUGCAUAUAAUGCCAUAACCGAAGAUUCGUAUAGAUCAACAUGCAUUAAUGGAGACCAUCCAAAUUUCUCAGAUUACCAAGAAAUUUAUGAAUUUUCAAAUACUUCAAAAACAGCAACAUUUACAGGUACAGUUGUUCAUAAAGCCAUUUACUAUCAGUUCUUCUAUGGUUGUAACGCUGAUUCAUUUGUCGUAGAAGUUUCUUGCCACUUCAAAAAUCCAAAUUCUUGGAUUGACUCCAGAUACGAUCCUUUGUUUACAGUUUUACCAAUUAUGGCCGCAAUCAUGGGUCUUGUUCUCAUUAUUUGGCUUAUUAAUUGGUUCAUUAAUUUCAAAGUUCAGAUUUAUAUACAUUAUUGUUUUACAGCUACAUUAUCGGCCAUGGUAAUAAGUGCUAUUGCCUAUACCGGGUAUAUCUCUGCCUACAAACGUUCAGAAAGCCCACUUGGAGCAAGUAUAUUCUAUUUCAUCACUUUAAUCAUCAAAUACGUCAUUGUCUUCUCUACAAUAUUACUUGCAGCCAAAGGCUGGUGCAUUCUCGUUGAUACAAUCAAACUUUGUGAAUUUUUCCUCGCAUUUAUCUACUCCGCUUGCGCCGUCGCAUGUUUUAUCCUUAUUAUAUACACAAACUUCACUUUUAUUGUUCAGGCCAUCGUUCUAUUGAUCGGCUUAGUUUUUACCGCAUUAUACAUGCAUAAUCUUAUUGUUUCCAUCAAUAAACUGAACCACAUGAUGAUUGCAUACAUGCUUGUUAUACAACAGCAUGGAAUAGACCCAACAACGACUCCAAUUCAGCAUAAGAAGAGAAUGUACCAAUUUUACAGCGGUUUCUUGAUUUCAUGUGUUGCAAUGGUUAUUAUAUACCUUAUUGUUCGAAUGUUUGUUGACAUGGGCUUAUGGAUUCCAGAUUUACUUUCAUAUUUGUUUGAAUCAUAUUUCAUGAUUGGAAUUCUUUCUAUUUUCUUCAUCCGUAACCAAUAUGCAAAUGGUUAUACAUCAAUUAAUGACACCAAUGGUCCAACCGAAGAGUUUUCACUUGCAGAUAUCGAAAAUGCCGGUGCAAACUUCACUCCGGGCCAAGGAACUCAGUGGAGUCCAGGAAUGACACUUCCUUCGCAGCCAGAAGUAACUGAAGGACCGAAACAGAUCAGCCUCGAAUCUCCAGACGGAGUUGAAGAGAUAGAGAUUGCUCCAGGAUCAUACGCUGACCAACAACAGCAACAACAACCAUAA